CCAAUAUUCCGGCUCAUCCUCUGGUUCGUUGCUAUGUGCGGCUGAUCGGCAAUGCUCUCGAGAUUUGGCCUCGUCCCGCUGACAUACAGACUGCUCUCAAGGGCAUUGUUAAUGGGAUAGAGAGUAGCUGCAAAGGUGUCCUGGCGUGGGGCGCCGAUGGUCGUCAAAGAAAGCUCACGACAAAAACGGACGAAAAGGAAGCCGCGCCAGAACCCGCGCCGGAUGUUGCCAAAGACGGCACAGCUACUGUCUCUCAGACUUGUAAGUCCUCAUUUCUACUCCUCUCCGUCUUGCUCUGCAAACAAACUUUGUCCCCCUCGUUCCCACACUAUGACAGGACUCACAUGUUUGAACCUAAACACACCUGUUUUACUUACUGGGCAGGUUAUACAAUUAGUUUUUUUUUGUCAUGCAGUGCCUAUAGGAAACCAGUGCGUACAUUGGUCUGA